AUGUUUUUAUUUGAAUGUUUUGAAAAACAAAAUGAACAAAUAAAUGAAAAUUUUAAAGAAAAAUCUAAAGAAAUAAUAUUAAAUGAUUUAUUUAAAGUUGAAAAUGUUGAUUCAGGCUCUAGUAAUGAUAUAAUAACAUAUUAUAAAUCUCACAAAAAUGAAAUUUAUCGAAAUUUUUCUACACCUAGAGGACUAGCUUUAAUUAUAAAUAAUUAUCAAUUUAUAAAUAAACAGAAUAGGGAAGGAACACAAGUUGAUGAAUUUAGUUUAUGUAAUCUUUUUAAACAACUUGGGUAUAAAAUAAUUUGUGAAAGAGAUUUAACUGCUCGGCAAAUGUGGAUUACAAUUCAAAAAUUUGCUGAAAGGGAGGAACAUUUACAAUGUGAUAGUGCUAUUGUGGUUGUAAUGAGCCAUGGAGUGUUUGAUCAUUUAUUAGGCAUUGAUGAAAUGCCUGUCAACUUCCAUUCUUUUGUGUCCUGUCUUAACUCAAAAAAUGCACCAAAAUUAAUAGGAAAACCAAAAAUAUUUAUAGUCCAGGCAUGUAGAGGAGAAAAUUAUGAUGAGGGUGUUGAACAUAUAACAGAGGAGUGUGUAGAUGGCCCAUCAUUUUCUCCUUUAUUUUCGAUUUUUUCUAAAUAUAUUAAACCUAACAAUAAUAACAACAACAAUAAUAAUCCUUUAAAUGCUUCUUCAAUAUUUAGAAAUGCCCCCUCACCAAAUUCUCAAAAUUAUUUUAAUGAAAGUAGAGUUCAAAAGAGACUAAAAAUAGAAAAAGUGCCAACAUUUGCAGAUAUUUUAAUAGCUUCUGCCACAACUUCAAACAACGUUUCUUGGCGUAAUUCAGCUACUGGUACUUGGUUUAUUCAAACAUUAUGUGAAGUAUUUAGUAAAAGAGCAAAAACUGAUGAUAUUUUAAAAAUGCUAACUUAUGUUAAAAGUGAAGUUGCUAAAAAAGUGUCAAAUUCUGGUGGAAAAUAUAAACAAGUACCAGAAACUCUAUCAACACUUUGUAAACAUUUUUUCUUCUUUCCGGGAGUAACAAAUAAAGAAAUUUAA